GUGGUGUGGGGUCUAUCCACCGUGCUAGGAUUUACCACGGCAACAUCAAAUCCUCCAACAUCCUCCUCACCGUCACCGGUGGUGGCGACUACAUGGCUCUCGUAUCAGAGCAUGGCCUCCCGGCACUUAUUGGACCAAACUCUCGAUCACUGUCAAAUCAAGCCUAUCACGCGCCCGAGGUUAAAGACAGCAUUGGAAACAAUGGUCAGAAGGCGGAUGUAUACAGUUUCGGUGUUGUGCUGCUGGAGCUCCUCACAGGCAAAAACCCUGCUUGUAACGAUGGUGUGGAUCUGUCACGAUGGGUGCGUUCGUUUGCCUACACCGAGUGGAUGGCAACGGUGGUGGAUACGGAUCUCAUCGGGAAGCAGCCAGUUCGCAAGGGCAGGAAAAUGGAUGCCAUCUUGGACCUCCUCAAGCUCGCCAUGGACUGCUGCAUAACGGAUGCUGACUUGAGGCCAGACAUGAACAAGGUUGAGCGGUUGAUCACUCAGAUCAGACGGUCAUGAAGCGUUGCCUGGCUAAUUGGUACCUAUAUAUGACACACACGGUUGGUAAAACUUUAGUGUAAAAUUGCACCUACUGGUUAGAAAUGUCGUGAUGUUUGUUGUUUCAUAAUUUCCAGCGAGUGCAAUAAUAAGUAUGCGAGCUAUAAAAAUUAUCACAUUAUAUUUAUAAUUGUGUGGAUAAAAGAGAAGAAAAAUAAUUAAGCUAUAGAAUUAUAGCCAGCGGUAGAAUAGACUCUAAGACAAUGUAUGUGUAUAAUAACUAGGUCAUAUGUUAAUGGUGUAAUAUAUAUUUAUGUGUGUAAUUAUUGUAUGAGCCGGUUGUAUGUUACUUCUUUUAGUUUGAUAAUUCAUGUCGUUUUGGAUA